UUGCAUUUUCGGGUUAUCGGGUCAUCCGAUAACCCGAAAUGUUAUUUAAUUAAGGUACUAAUUUUAGUUUUAUAGAUAGUAUAUAUAUUAUAUGAAUAAUAUGAAUUAUCAUUACCUAUUAAGUAUUAACUAAUAUCAAUUAACUGUAACAAACUAACAAUUAACUGAAUUAAGAAAUCAAUUUUGCACAAAUUGACAAAAAUGAAAAACCUAGGUCACUUCCUGAUUGUCUCUGUCUCUUCACUCUCUUGCUCUGAUGCUCUCAGGCCUCACCGCCUCAGCCUCUCACUUAGACACUCACUCACCGUCUCACGUCGGCACCAACAGAGAACCAAGUACAUCGUCGACUAUCGUUCUCGCCGGUAAGCGAUUGGCAUCUCGUUGUCGCUGACUCGCACUCGAAGAUGGCAAGAACCAAAAGAAGAACUCUUCCGAAUCCUCUACCACCUAUACCUCCACCUGUGGUUCCACCACCUCCACCAGUACCUCCAGGUCCUCCACCUAUGGUUCCACUUCUACCACCUCCACCAAUUGAAACAUGUCCUCCACCUACACCAACAAUAGAAGUGGAAUAUUCGCAAUCUGAAAGUUCUGCUGAGGAUAUUGGGGCUUCGACUCAUCCAUCUACUGUCACAUCUAAUGCAACAGCUACUAAAUCUAAAAAAAGAAAGGACAUAUCAGAAGCUUGGGGUUAUUUCACGAGAACAGAAAAUGAAGGGGAAGAAACACAAGCAAUGUGCAAACAUUGUGGGGCAAAAUACAUGGCAGAUAGCAAUAAACAUGGCACGAAGAAUUUGAAAGCCCAUAUCAAAAGGUGCAAAGUUUUGCAGGCCAAGAAAGAUCCCAUGGAUAACUACGCAAUAUCUCACAAUGGGGAUGGGGAUGGGGAUGGUACAAGCCCAAUCAAUGAGAUAAGGCUUCACAAAUUUGAUGCUAUUGCAAUUCAGGACAGUUUGAUUGAGUGGAUAAUUUGUGAUGAACUCCCAUUCAUGAUUGUUAAAAGCCCCAAAUUCAAACAGUUAUGCAAAUCCAUGGAGCCUCGAUUUGAUGUGCCAUCACGGCAAACAGUUGCUAGACAUGUUUUCAAAUUGUACAAUGCUCAGAAGCUGAAGAUGAAAGAGUCUAAGAGGUUCCAUUGGCCGAGUUAGUCUCACCACUGAUAUGUGGACCUCUUCUAACAAUACAAGCUACAUGUGUAUAACAGCUCAUUUUAUUGACAAAAGUUGGGUUUUGCACAAGAGGAUUAUCAGUUUUUCUAUGGUUGAGGACCAUAGAGGUGAGGGCAUUGGUAAGCAAUUAGAGAAGGUUACUAAAGAGUGGCGGAUAGAGAAAAUUAUGUGCAUGAUAGUUGAUAAUGCAUCUUCAAAUGAUGGUGUGGUAGAUUGGAUGAAGAAAUAUGGGUCUAAACAUGUGUUGGGUGGCAAUUAUCUCCAUGUUAGGUGCUUUGCUCAUAUCUUGAAUCUAAUUGUGAGGCACGGCCUACAAAAGUGUGUUGACUCAAUUGAAAAAAUUAGGAAUGCGGUGAAGUAUGUGAAAUCAUCUCCUAAGAGACAAUCCAAGUUCUUGGAAUGUGCCAAUCAUAUUAAAGUUGCAAUUACCAAAUCUUUGUGUCUUGAUGUGGCGACGCGAUGGAA